GAAAAUUGAAAGUCGUGCCGCAGUUCAUUGCUUCUCCUCCAACUACCCAAUCACUUCCUCUUUCCCGGCUCCGCUGCUCCCUCCCACCGCUUCCAUCCGCCUCCAGCAAGGAUGUUUUCUUCCCUCUGUAAAACCCUCCGCAGUUCCUCCGUCACCAAACGCCGCGAUUCUCCGCACUCCAUUCUCCGCUGGCUCAGCAACAUCCCGGAAAACACCGUCUACGGCGGCCCGAUGCCACAGAACCCUAGCCAGCGCGUCACGCUCACUAACAUCCGGCAGAAGCACAGGAGGGGCGAGCCUAUAACCAUGGUCACGGCCUACGACUACCCCUCGGCGGUGCAUUUGGACACCGCUGGCAUCGACGUUUGCUUGGUCGGCGACUCCGCUUCCAUGGUCGUUCACGGCCACGACACCACCCUCCCCAUCACGCUCGAUGAGAUGCUCGUCCACUGCCGCGCCGUGGCUCGUGGCGCCAAGCGCCCCCUGCUCGUCGGGGACUUGCCGUUCGGAACCUACGAGUCCAGCACUCAACAGGCAGUUGAUACGGCUGUGAGGGUACUGAAGGAGGGAGGAAUGGAUGCAAUCAAAUUGGAAGGGGGCGCGCCUUCAAGGAUCACAGCAGCUAAAGGUAUUGUUGAAGCUGGUAUUGCGGUGAUCGGCCACGUGGGGCUCACACCGCAGGCGAUCAGUGUUCUUGGAGGGUUCAGACCUCAAGGCAGAAACAUCGAUAGUGCAGUCAAGGUUGUGGAGACUUCAAUGGCAUUGCAAGAAGCAGGAUGCUUUGCUGUAGUGUUGGAAUGUGUUCCUCCACCGGUGGCGGCUGCAGCAACAUCGGCGCUUCAGAUUCCCACCAUCGGCAUUGGGGCUGGACCCUUUUGUAGUGGCCAAGUUCUAGUGUACCAUGAUCUGCUUGGAAUGCUACAACACCCUCACCAUGCCAAGGUCACUCCCAAGUUCUGUAAACAUUAUGCCCAUGUAGGAGAAGCCAUCAACAAGGCUCUUUCAGAAUACCGGGAUGAAGUAACGAGUGGGGCUUUCCCUGGCACAGCUCACAGCCCUUACAAGAUUGGAGCUGCUGACACUGAAGGCUUCCUACAAGCAUUGGAGAAGCUAGGUUUGAGUGACGCAGCAUCUGCAGCAGCUGAUGCGGCUUCAAAGAUGGAAGCCCAAAUGAAGUGAGGAAGACAUAUGCCAAACUGUACCAAGACUACUUUGGAAGACAAGCAUCGUCAUAUCUCACGAUUGGAGUAGAAGAUUACUGUAGUAUAGUGUUGGAAAUGCUUUAUGGGCAGCGUUCUUGUCCUAAAACGAAGGUGAUGCUUGCUUAGUGACAUUCAACGGUCUCGGGUUUUGAGUCACCAUAACACGGUCUUUAUAUUUGAAUGAUACACAAUUUGAUA